GCUCUGGCAUCAAUUGAUCGCGUCAGAACCAAUGAUAUGGGUCUGGAGGGUUGAAAUGUCGGUCACGACGCGGUCGUGAUUAAAUUUAGAUGUGUUCGUUCAUGGGGCGAGGGUUGUCUUCUUCGCUGGCAUCGGAUCUGAACUUCCGUCGAUUGAUUGGACAGGCGGGGUUGAAACUUGAUUGCUGCGACAGCCUCGACCGAUAUAGUGAGAUUUUAGCAGCGCAAUACGUCCUAGAACAACCAAAUCGCGUGGCUGUUUCAACGCAGCUGCAGAAGAGGUUUGACGAAGACUUGGAAGUUGGUCAGCAACAGGACAGUGCAGUCUUGACGGGAGAGCCAACAAAUAUUGUUCCCGUAUUAGGAAAGAGCUGUGACUUCUCCAAUAACGGCCUCCCGCUGCACAGACAUCAAUCACGGCCGAUCGUGAGAUUAAUACUCCACUCUAUGGCGUCUUCAAGGGAUCUCGAAAGGGAGCAAAUUCAUCCCUUCCGGGCCUGUGUGGUUCACGAUUCACUUUCGGAUGAGAGUUUACGACGUUUUGGGACGGUUACGGCAGAUUCCUUGGCCGAUGAGCUCGCAUCUUCAUCUUUUUGUCAGACCUCCGCCGGAAAAGUCGAGCCGACACUAUGACCAAACCAAGAAAUCCUGCCAAGCGCACAGCCUGUGUAUCAGUGUGCAACAAAAGAACUUUAGUAGUUGGCUUGUGGUCAAAACCC